AGAAAAGAAAAAAAACUUUUAAAAGCGGGAUUUAAACUUAAAUUUUCUUAUAAAAGCUUUUUAAAAAACCGUGAUUAUUAGAACCGAUUAUAUUUGUUAACUUUAUAUUUAAUGAAAAUGGCGAAUUAAGAGAAAAGAAGACCACAUUUUUUCAAUUUUCUCGCAAUUAAUCCAUCAAGAUGGAAAACAACGGCGCAGCAGCCGACAGCCCGCUCCAUGAAAUGCAAUUGGAGCUUGAAAAUGUACAAAGUGUUAUUCAAUUGACAAAGGAGAAUAUUGAUACCCUCAAUGAGAGAUUCUCUAAAUUUAAACCGUCUCCAAAAAUAUAUUUGGAAGAGUAUCAGGACCUGACCAGUAAGCUUCAUCAGCUUAAAAUGAUGGAACAGAAUUUAGUAGAGAAAAUGCAAUCAAUUCAAGAACAAAAUGAAAUUGAAACUAGAGCACAACCCAAGCAACCAAAACUAUUCCUAAGAGCUCAUCUUCCAAAUCAACAGCGAACAUCAGUUCAAGUUGUUCCAGGUAUGCGAUUGAGAGAUGCACUAUCAAAAGCACUUAGCCGUCGUAACUUGACAUUUGACAUGUGUGAAGUGUAUCAGUCAGACACUGACGUUCAAAUUCCUUGGGACACCGACAUUAGUUCGAUUAAUUGUGAAAUUAGUGUUAGGAUUCUAGAUAUUGUUGGCUUUCCAACAUACAUUUCGCAUCAAUUUAUUCGCAAAACAUUCUUCUCGUUGGCAUUUUGCGAAUGUUGUCGAAGAUUGCUCUUCACUGGAUUUUAUUGCAAUCAGUGUAAUUAUCGAUUCCAUCAAAGAUGUGUCGAUAAAGUUCCACCACUUUGCAGUAAAUUACAAAUGGACACAUAUUAUCAAAUGCUUUUAGCAAACACUGAUAACUCAUCAGGAUUGUACACAGGAUCGAGCCUUCACAAACAUCCAAAAACUUUAAAUUUUGAGAAUCGUUCAAAUUCAGCUCCGAAUGUUUGUGUCAAUAGUGUUUUAAGGCCAUUAUUGGGUGGUGAUCAAAAGAUUCUCGCAAACGCAAAGUGCCCAAUUCCCAUACAAACUUAUUGUGAACAUUCACAUUCAACUCAAGCAUCGCCAACAAAUACUUUAAAGCAUGUUAAUAGACGACAACGUGCACGAUCAGCUGAUGAGAGUAAUAAGAUUUUAUCGCCACGCGAACAAAUUCAAACUGGAGAAGAUUGGAAUAUUGAUGCUAUUAUUAUAUGCACAAAUUUUGUGUCAUCAUAUGAGCAUGACUACGAUUUCACAGACUUUGAACGUCUUCAAGCCGCUCAGAGAAUGAUUGGAAAGAAGAAUGAAGGACCAAUUCAAGUUCCUUAUUCCGCAGCUGAUGUACAAAAAGCAUUGCGAGAAUUGAAACAAGAUUACAGUGAAGUUAGCAAUUGGCCUACACCAUCACGAACUCUUGGAGCUAUAUCUGCAGUUUCAUUAGAUGUCAACAAAAAUGUCGUUGUCUUUCAUCGCGCUGAACGUGUAUGGGACUCGGGGACUUUUGAUAACACAAACAUCUUCCUGCAUCGUAAUCUCGGACCAAUUCAAGAUAAUACAAUAGUAAAAUAUGACCGUGAGACUGGAAAUGUCAUGACCGAAUGGGGAAAAAAUAUGUUUUAUUUACCUCACGGUCUGCAUAUAAAUGGAAAUUAUUAUUACAUUACUGACGUCGCACUUCACCAAGUUUUUCGUUUCAACAUACAAAAUUCUACAACAAAACCGGAAUUGACACUUGGAGAAGCUUUUAAACCUGGAAGAUCUGCUAAACUAUUUUGUAAACCGACAUCAGUUGCGACUUUAGAUAAUGGAGACUUCUUUGUUGCUGAUGGUUAUUGUAACAGUAGAAUAGUGAAAUUUAACUUCGCUGGUGAGAAAAUUUUAGAGUGGGGAAAAGCAAGUUUCUCUGGGCCUGCAAUGCCAGGUUACGAACCUCCCAAUGCAUUCGCAGUUCCACAUGCUUUGACACUUGUUCCCGAUAAAGGACUUCUUUGCGUUGCUGACAGAGAAAAUGGUCGAGUUCAAUGCUUUUCAACAGAAGAAGGAAAAUAUGUAAUGCAGUUCCACAGCCCAAUUGUUGGUGAUCGACUAUUCAGUGUUGCUUAUGCAAAUGGAACACUGUUUGUUGUAAAUGGACCUGAAUUUCGGCAAGAUGUCAUUGAAAUUCGUGGAUACACAUUUAACAUGAAAUCUGGCGAUGUGACAUCAAAAUUCGGCUCGUUUUUGGAUCCUCAUGAUUUAACCGUCACAUCUGAUGCUAAAGAGAUUUAUGUUGCUGAUCUGACAGCUGAUAAAAAUGGUCAUCGUCUUCAUAAAUUCAUGUUAAAUGGACUAAAGCCAACUAGAACAUCAGGUGACAAUGGAAAUUUAGUAUCAAAAACAAACGUUCACAGAGGCGACACUGCAUUACUAGUGGGAUCAAUUGUUCUUCUUUUCACCGUGUUUACAAUUGGUCUUGCUAUUUUAAUAUCGAGAAAACAAAGACGAGUGCAACCAGCCAUUAUACAAAAGAAAAGAAAAAAAAUGUUUUAUAAAAGUCGGUGCAAUAUCAGUGGGAUGAACAUGAGUAGCUCAAGAUUGCUAACACUCACAUUGAUUUUCUCGUUUUUAAUGACAUGCGGAGCAUUAGCCAAUGAUCAGAAUUCCAAAUCGAGCUCGUUCUCAGACGCAAUUGCAGAAAAACUUCAACAGAACAAACUCAACAACAGAGAUAUUUAUAUCGAUAGCGAUGACGAAGUCGAAGGAUCUGGAAGCAGAGGCGAGAUUCACGAUGCAUUAGAGCACGACAACGAUGACAUUGAAUCAUCAGGAUCGGGAUAUGGUCCAACAGAUGAUACAGAACCUGACGAGGAUAUUCAUAGCCGAAGUAAGAUAUCAAGAGUAAACAAGGAGCCGACAAACACUCAUCAUUCAGGUGAUGGAUCUGACAUUCAUGUCGAUGAAGACGAUAGCGACGAUUAUAAUGAAAGCCAUCCGGAGAGGUCACCGUUACCAAUAGAUGGUGACGAUGACGACGUGUACUUUGAUAAUACCAGUAGCUCAAACUCAGUACCGUCAAGUACUGAUGGCAAAAUCAUCUCAACUUCUACCACAGACAUUGAUAACAGUGGUUCAGACUACAAUAUCAAUCGACAAAAGGAAAUUGUUAUUCCAAGAUCAGAAUCCAUCGAUCCAAAUCGUCACGAGCCGAUUGUACCAACCGAGACUAAUUACGGGCCUGGUGGAAAUGAAGUGUUGAUUAUGAACACAAAGAACGAAGAUCGACCAACGAGCUUCUUUGCUCAACCAGGCAUUUUAGCAGCUGUUAUUGGUGGUGCCGUCGUUGGAUUAUUGUUCGCAAUUUUAGUAGUGAUGUUCAUUGUGUAUCGAAUGCGAAAAAAGGAUGAAGGGUCAUAUGCUUUGGAUGAGCCAAAGAGAUCACCACAAGCCAACUCUUACACUAAGAAUCAUAAUAAUAGGGAAUUCUAUGCUUGAAAUUCAGACAACUCACGCUUUUAAACUUAAUUAACGAUCAAUUUACAGACAAACUGAGACAAGAAGGAAUUUUAUUUUUUUUUUAGUUUUUUUUUCAAUUUCAAAAACUUGACGCAUUAUUAUAAAAGAAAAACUUUUUAUUUUUAAAUGUUAAGAGAAAUAUUUACAAAAAGUGAAUGAUAGAACUCGCGCCUAUGUAGCAUUCAUUGAGUGUACUGUGAGCACACAUUUGUAAUCUGUUUGAAGAUUUAAAGUUUUUUUUCUCCUCCACCCUUUUCCGACUUUCCAUCGUCGAUUUUCGAUAUCAACAUAAAUUUGAAGUUAUAAAUUUUUGUAUGAUGGAAAGUGGAUGGUUGAUCGAUAUGUGUGUCGCCAUGUAGUUGUUCUUUUUCCUACUUUAUCUAAACAGAAAGAACAUUCAUAGAAAAUUCUAUCUAAUGAUAAUCAACUUUAAGGAAAGAAGAAGAAAAAAAUAUCUCUGAUGAGAGGACAAUGUCAUAAUAGAUCUAAGCUAUUGUUUUAAUUGGGGUAAUUUUCUACUAGUUGUAAUAAGAAGGUUAAUGAAAAAAAUAUUGACUAUUUGAGAAGAAAAAAAGUAAGAAUUGACACAGAUGAGGGUAAUCUAAUAAAAGUAAUAAAAAAAGGAAAAUAUGUAAUAAUGAAUAAACAGCAUAAUAAUAAGAUAUUUGCUUGAAUACAUCAAUUUCUAUGCAAAUUCGAUCAUAGGCUUCUUAAUGAUUUCUCUACAAAGUUCAUAAGUAAAUUAAAUAAUACAAAAAUGGGUUUAACUUUUGAUAAAACAAACAGAAAAUAGACAAGAUGAUGAAUUUUUUCUCUCUCAUUUCAUUAUGAGAUGAUCCCUUUUGAAUUUGGGGAAAUGUAUUACAGAAAUGAUAAGGAAAAAGGUAAACAGAGUUGUAUUAAAUAGUACCUUUACAUAACAGAUGAAAAAUAAAACACAGAAUGAUAAGAAGCAUUAGAAUCAAUGAAUGUAAUAAGAAAUAAAUCCACGUAUACACGGUUUGUCAAAAAGUUGUAUCACAAUUUUCCUUAGGCAUUGAAAACAUAAUUUUCCGGUGACAGAAGUGCUAAUCAAACUUUCAAACUAUUUCUUUUUAUUAUCUAUUCAAGCAAAGAAAACAGAAGCUUUUAUUUGAUCAAAAUUAACAAACGAAAAAGUUUUUAGUAAAUAAGUUUAACAUAAAAAAAGUUCUUUUAUCCUUUAAGUUUAUUUUAUCGUAAAAUGCUUUUUCUUGAAGUUUUACAAAGUUUUGAGCAGCUCACUUUUAUUCAGACAAAUCGUUUAAGACUGAAAGAAAUUCUUUAUUAUCUACUUUCUAACUAACUUCUUGACUCACUUGACUCUUCAAGAAGCUUUAUGAUUCUUACCAACCCGUCAACAUAAACGAUAACACGCUUCUUCCAGAUCUGCUUGAUGCUUUUUAGAACCUCGAAGAAAAGAAAUGACUUUAUUUUAUUAACUCAAAAUUAUUCUUUCAAUCUUGUGACGCUAAGAAAAGAAUGAUUAAUUAUAGUUGAGGGAAAAUAUUGCUCGAGCGUUAGUUAUCAAUAAGAAAAGAAUUAAAAACUAAAACAAAAGCCAUUCGCCGUUAAUACGUAUCUCAAAAGAAAUUUCCUCUUAUGCUUGUCAGUCGUUCUUGAUUGCGCCUUUCUUUCAGUGCCAUCAAAAGUAAUUUACUUUUCAUGACAUUCCAAAAUGCAUUUUUGAAGUUAUAAAAGAAACAAACACGAAACAUUCGAAAGUGAAAAUUUUGGAAUUCAAAACAUUCUUUUUUUAUUUAAUUUCAUCUUUCUUUAAAGUUUCAAUGCAGCUUUCAUCAUGCAGCACAUCAACGAGAUGUGCUUGAUCUGAAUUUUUAAUUUUAAUCAAACAAGCAUAUAGUUCAACACGAAAAGAAUUCACUAAACUCUGAUUUUCCGUUUUUGUAAAGAGAAAAACAAAUUGAAAAACAUGAAAGAAACAAAAAAGAAAAUUCGUUGUACAUAUUGAUGAGAAAAACCUAAAUAAACUCACUAAAA